AUGAGUCCCAGCAGAGAUCUGUGUGUGUGAGAGGAACUAGUUUCCUACAUUAUUACAUUAAUUACUUUCCUACCUUUUGUCCUGUUUUCAGUAAUAUUUUGAUGUUUGUUUUGUGCUUUUUUUCUCUGGGUGGUGAGGAAAAACUCCCUGAAGAAGAAACCUUGAGAGGAACCAGGCUCAGAACCAUAUCCUCAUCUGGGUGACACUGGACACUAAAUAAUGUAAAUGUCCAUUCUUCAACAGAAGCUGAGAGCUCCUGAGGGACUAACAGGAGACUCAAGGAAGUUUGACCCAGAUUUUAAAGGCCCGAUUCAGAACAGAAGCUGCACUGAUGUCCUGUGUUGUCUCCUCUUCAUCCUGGCACUGCUGGGGUACUUUGUGGUGGGAAUUCUGGCCUGGUCUCAGGGAGAUCCUCGGAAGGUGAUUUACCCCACAGACAGCAGGGGGCAGUUCUGUGGGCAGCAGGGCACCUCACUAGAGAAAAAGCCUCUGCUGUUUUACUUCAACAUUCUGAAGUGUGGGAGUCCACUAGUGCUGCUGGAGUUCCAGUGUCCUACCACACAGGUCUGUGUAGAGAAGUGUCCAGAUCGUUUCCUGACCCUGGUGAAGGCGAAGCUGAAUGCUCUGGACAUACAGUAUUACUCACAGUUCUGUAAGGAGGGCGUUGACCUUACACGGCCUGCUCCGGAGCUUCUGCGGGACAGGGCUUGUCCAGCUAUGAUCUUCCCCAGCAAGCCAUUUACACGCCGAUGUCUCCCGGCUUUGGAGACGAGAAAAGGUGGAGUUGUUGUCAUCGGCAACAAGACGACUUUCACAGAUGGAAACAACACGAAUGUAAACACCACUGACCUGUUAGAGGCAUCAAAGAAGUCGAACAUUGUGAUGGAGGCGCGGCAGGUGUUCAUGAGGAUCUUUGAGGAUUACACUCAGUCCUGGCACUGGAUCCUGCUUGGGUUGGUGGUAGCGAUGGUGCUCAGUCUGCUGUUCAUCGUGUUGUUGCGGUUCUUAGCGGGGGUGAUGGUGUGGGUGAUGAUCUUCAUGGUUCUGCUGGUUAUUGCAUACGGAAUAUUCCACUGUUAUAUGCAGUACGUGCAGUUUAAGGGUCAGCCUGGCGCAGACGUGUCCAUCACAGAUCUGGGUCUGCAGACAGACUUCACCGUGUAUCUGCAGCUGCAGCAGACGUGGCUCGCCUUCAUGAUCAUCUUGUGUAUUUUGGAGGUCAUCAUCUUCCUCCUGCUCAUCUUCCUCAGGAAACGUAUCAGGAUCGCCAUUGCUUUGAUUAAAGAGGCCAGCAGGGCGGUGGGUCAUGUGAUGUCAUCACUGUUCUACCCGCUGCUGACCUUUGCCCUUUUGGCUCUGGUGAUUGCGUACUGGGCAGUUACAGCAGUGUUUCUGUCCACAUCCAGCUCUGCGGUGUAUAAAGUGUUUAACAGCAGCGAGUGUGAGUUCAGCAGGCAGAGAUGUGACCCUGAGACAUUUAACAGCUCCAACAUCUCCUCGCUGUGUCCAGACGCCGAGUGUAUGUUUGCCUUUUAUGGAGGUGAGACGUUCUAUCACAGGUACCUGAUCCUGUUCCAGUUCUAUAACCUCUUCCUCUUCUUCUGGUGUGUGAACUUCGUGGUGGCCUUGGGCCAUGUGACCCUGGCUGGAGCCUUCGCCUCCUACUACUGGGCCUUUAAGAAACCUGAUGAUAUCCCAGCAUUCCCCAUCUUCAGCUCGCUCGGCCGUGCUCUCAGAUAUCACACAGGGUCUCUGGCAUUUGGUUCUCUCAUUCUGGCGAUUGUUCAGGUGAUCAGAGUCACGCUGGAGUACCUCGAACACAAACUGAAAGGAGCUGAGAACAGAUUUGUGAAGUUUUUGCUCCGCUGCCUAAGCUGCUGCUUCUGGUGUUUGGAGAAGUGUAUUAGAUUCAUCAACAGAAACGCCUAUAUCAUGGUGGCGAUUUAUGGUAAGAACUUCUGCACGUCUGCUAAAGACGCCUUCUUCCUGCUCAUGAGGAACAUUGUCAGGGUGGCCGUUUUGGACAAAGUCACUGACUUCCUGUUGUUUCUGGGGAAACUGCUGAUUGUAGGGAUUGUAGGAAUCGGCUCCUUCUUCUUCUUCUCUGGGAGAAUUAAGGCUGUUGAGGAAGCAGCACCUUCAUUAAACUACUACUGGGUACCUAUACUGACAGUGGUGUUUGGGACGUAUUUGAUCGCUCAUGGUUUCUUCAGUGUUUAUGCAAUGUGUGUGGACACACUGUUCCUCUGCUUCUGUGAGGAUCUGGAGAGGAAUGAUGGCUCCACCGAGCGGCCGUACCUCAUGUCCCCUGAGCUGCAUGACAUUCUAUCUGUUAGCAAAGUGAUAGAGGAGGAAGACAGGGGAGAAGAUGAAGAAGUGGCACUUCAGGAAAACGGAGAAGUGCAGCUCAAACAGCAGGAGACACUCAAAAAUGAAAACGAGGAAGAAACACCACUAAUGCAAGAGACAGUGUUAAAGCAGGAAGUAACACUAACACAGGAAGUAACACUAACACAGGAAGUGCCACUAAAACAGGAAGUAAUGCUAACACAGGAAGUGCCCCUAAAACAGGAAGAAACACUAACACAGGAAGUGCCACUAACACAGGAAGUGGCAGAAAAGCAGGAAACACUGGCAGUGCAGGAGACGACACAGAAGGAAGAAGCGGAACUAACGCAGGAUGCUAUCACAGUAAAGGAGGAAAAAAAAGAAGUACAGGAAGUAGUGAUGACAAAUCCUCAAAACGCAGUGCAGCAAAACGGAAUACACGAGGACGAGGUGCAGGAGACCAAGCAGUCACAAGAAGAAGAAGAAGAACAGCAGGAACCUGAAGCAGCAAAGCCUCAAGAGAACGGUCCUCAGGAGAGUGAGACUCCGCUAACGCCUCAGAACGAGUGAGGUGACCUAGCGAGAGCCACCGGCGUGUUCUGACAAACACUCGUGUAAAAUUAACACAUUCGCACGUAGCACGAUGUAAAUAAACCUCAACAUGUCUCAUUCUCAUAACUAACCAUUCUCACGCAUUCAUAACUAACUGGCUAGUCAAGUUAAACUAACUAAUGCUAACUAGCACUAGUGAGGGAGUCAAAGUAAAAAAAUAUCCUUAAAACCAGCAGCAUUGAGCCGUAACAAGGUCACGACCCCAAACACAGCAAAAAGGCGUGUCACAAUUAGACCAAUCACAGGUGGGGGGCAGGGUUAGAUACACUGUUUCAUUAGUUUCUUGCUUCUCUUAGCCUGGAGACAUGCAACUGGUUUGAAGUGUUUGUUGUUGUUGUAAUUGUUAUUGUCAGGAGGUCAGGAGUGAACUGUAACCAUGGUAACGACUGUCCAUUUGUCGGUCAGUGAGCGCUGCUGUAACUCUUACACAGAGCAGUGAAGAUGGAAGUGUUCACGACAGCCAUGUUCCCAGUUCCAUUCAGUCCGCCAUCUUUGUCUCCAGGCUGAUUGGAAUUGUGGGAUUGUUGUUUCCAUGGAGACGCUCUCUCUACGCUUCUGAACAAAACAUGAUAAUAUUUCUUAUUAAAUUUUGCUGUAUAUUCUAGACAUGAUAAUCAGCAUGUGUGUGUGUGUGUUGUUCAGGAAUGCACUAGCGGUGUAGCAUUUUCGAUUACAAAUUCAGAACAAAAGCUUGUGAAAUGAUUUGAGAUGAAAACAGUGUGUAAACGUUUACUCUGUGGCACUUGUCUUCGUCCUCCUGACGUCAUAAAUACAGAUAAAUAUGUAAAUGCUGUUAAAUAUUGGGCUAAUGGUUUGCUAAAGCUAGCUAACUUAAAUUAGCAUGUUGUUAAACAAGCUAAAGAGAACUUGCUAGCUAGCGACUAGCCAUAACAAACCAGAUGAUAGCUAGCUGAGUAGCUGCUGUCAUGCUAGUUAUAAAACAGCGUAAUAAAUAAACAUAACUUCCAUGUUGCCAGGAGGCACAGCCACACCCACUGCCAUAACCGCCUACUUGACCACGCCCACUACAGUGAAUGUGAUUGUUCUGCCUUUUCUCUUUUUCUACCUCUCUCUUGGUUUUCUAUCUUUGUACGUUGUUCAUUGUGACUUUCAGUGAAUAAACUGUUGCCUGCUUCAACUCUU